CAGCUAGUUGGCUGUCCCUCGCAGAGAGAAGGAGAACUCGCCUUUUUACGGAGUGGGGCGGAGGUGCGCGGGGAGAAAACUAACCAGCAGCCUGUUAUUACCCACAGCGUAUUGAGCGCAAUACCUAACGGAGCAACCAGGCAACGGACCGGGCUCUGGGAUGUCUCCUACGUUGCGUGCAAGAGAAACCACAGAAAAACCUACGAAAACAGACUACGCGAGCCAGGAGUUUUAAUUCCAAGGGGGAUCUUGACUUUACAGUUCCCGUUAUUAUCAUUGCAUUUGGAUAUUUUGUUUCCAUCUUCGCUCUACGGUCAGGGUAGGCUAACAACUAUGGUUCCAGUGGACCGUUUCGUCUUGAACCUGGAGCGGGUAUAAACAGCCACUGGCCGCGCGUUGUGAAGUGGACUAAACUUUCCCCCGUGCCCGGCGGACUUGUGUCUAUCAAGCUACUCCGGGAAACCUAUCAGUUUGGAUUCAUAUCGGAAUAUCUUAGAAACUUUCCUCACUCAUCACUAUGCGUCGGGCUGUGAACGCUCUUGCGGUGGUGGCGCUCCUCCUCGCGCUGCUGUGUGGUCCAAGUCUUAAUGGCCUGGUGCGUGCAUUCGGCGACGAGACAGAGGAGAUGACAUGCGACCCGAUCCGCAUCGCAAUGUGCCAGGACCUGGGCUACAACGUUACCAAGAUGCCCAACCUGGUGGGCAACGUCCUGCAGUCAGACGCGGAGCUCCAGCUUACUACCUUCACACCGCUCAUACAGUACGGCUGCUCCAGCCAGUUGAAGUUCUUCUUGUGUGCCGUCUAUGUGCCCAUGUGUACCGACAAGGUGCCCAUUCCCAUUGGCCCGUGCGGCAGUAUGUGCUUGUCCGUCAAGAGGAAAUGCCUGCCCGUUCUCACAGAGUUCGGCUUCGUCUGGCCCGAGCUGCUCAACUGCAGCCUGUUCCCCCCUCAGAACGACCACAACCACAUGUGCAUGGAGGGUCCCGGGGACGAGGAGGCCCCGUACCACCCCGUCAGGCCCCUGCCCCCCCAGGAGGAGGAGUGUCAGGCCCUGGGGGCGGGGCCAGACCAGUACGCCUGGGUGAGGCGGAGCCACAGCUGCGCACUACAGUGUGGGUAUGACGCGGGGCUGUACCGGCGCGGGGCCAAGGUGUUCACGGACGCCUGGAUGGCCGUCUGGGCCGUGCUGUGCUUCCUCUCCACCACCCUGACCGUCCUCACCUUCCUCCUGGACUCGACGCGUUUCUCCUAUCCUGAGAGACCCAUCAUCUUCCUCUCCAUGUGUUCCAAUCUCUACAGCGUAGCCUACCUGGUCCGUCUGACUCUGGGUCGGGAGCGCGUGUCCUGCGAUCUGGAGGAGGCAGCGGUACCGGUUCUGGUUCAGGAGGGCUUAAAAAGUACUGGCUGUGCCAUCGUCUUCCUUCUCCUUUAUUUCUUCGGCAUGGCCUCCUCUCUGUGGUGGGUGAUCCUGACCCUGACCUGGUUCCUGGCCGCCGGUCUGAAGUGGGGUCACGAGGCCAUUGAGAUGCACAGCUCCUACUUCCACAUCGCGGCCUGGGCCAUCCCGGCCGUCAAGACCAUCGUCAUCCUCAUCAUGCGCCUGGUGGACGCCGACGACCUCACGGGCCUGUGUUACGUGGGCAACCUGCAGCAGGAGGCCCUGACAGGCUUCGUGGUUGCUCCGCUUGCCGCCUACUUCGUUGUCGGCACGCUGUUCAUCUGCGCCGGCCUGGUGGCCCUCUUCAAGAUCCGCUCCAACCUGCAGAAGGACGGGGCCAAGACGGACAAGCUGGAGCGCCUGAUGGUGAAGAUCGGCGUGUUCUCCGUGCUCUACAUGGUGCCGGCCUCCACUGUCAUCGGGUGCUACCUCUAUCAGCUCUCCCACUGGGGGGACUUCAGGGCCAGCGCCAGGGACUCGUACGUAGCGGCCGAGAUGCUGAGGAUCUUCAUGUCCCUGCUCGUGGGCAUCACGUCGGGCAUGUGGAUCUGGUCGGUCAAGACCCUGCACACCUGGCAACGCUGCUCCGUCCGCCUCUGGAGGGACAGCCGGGUGGGGAGGGGCAAGCGGGCGCCGGGCGAGAACUGGAUCAAACCGGCCAAGGGCAACGAGACCGUGGUGUGAAUGUCCGGGGGGAGUUACCUCACAUCCACUGCCUUGGAGAAUGAGAGGUAUAGAAAGAUGGCAAUCCUGAGCCACACAGCGGUCUCCUACGCCUCUGUUAUCUCUCUCCUAGCAGUCUAAACCGUGGUCACAGACUGACUGUGUUGCAGCCUGAAGCAGGCUCCGGAACUUGAUUGAUCUUAAAGACUUCUGUUGUUAAAGACGACCUUUUUAAUGGUUGAAUUUACACUGGACAGCCAUGGUGCAGAUGAUGUACAGAUCUAAACUCUACAGCCACAAUGAAAUGCCCCGUGACUUGCCGAUGUGGACUUAUCUUGAUUAACGUGCCUUAGUAGAGACAGGAGUCUCUGUGUUGUUUAGCCAGCCGCACUCUGGUAGCUAUGAAGCUAUACUACUGCAAAGGCACCUGGGAUUUGUAGUGACGGAGCUGCAGCUAAGGCACCUGGGAAACAUAGGCCAGUGGCCUUCACCUCAGUGCUCAGUGAGCACCAUUGCUGACCUCCACUGAUGUACAUUUUAACUAGGAAACAGACACUUUGCUAUGAACUUUAACCUGUGACCCUCAGUCACAUAUGGUGGUCCGAUAUUAACUGGUGGAAGUGUUUUCCUUUCCAAAUGUGUGAUAAGAAGCAGGUAUUCUUCUGCUAGACAAUCAAGACCCACACCACGCCAAUGCAAUAACACACCUACAAACACACGGACAUGCCCUCAUACAGCCUGCACAGUAGCACCCUUAUGCAAUCCACUCCCAAAAAAUGUGCUGCCUCAGCUGAGAUAUUAUUGCAUUAAAGUCUGAGCCUGUCUCUCAGCUCUUCUCUGUUCCUGGCCUGUCUCUCAGCUCUUCUCUGUUCCUGGCCUGUCUCUCUGCUGUUUCCGUUCCUGGCCUGUCUCUCAGCUAUUCUCUGUUCCUGGCCUGUCUCUCUGCUGUUUCCGUUACUGGCCUGACUCUCUGCUGUUCUCUGUUCCUGGUUUGUCUCUCUGCUCUUUGUUCCAGGCCUGUCUCUCUGCUCUUCUCGGUUAAUGUCCUGUCUCUCUGCUCUUCUCUGUUAAUGUCCUGUCUCUCUGCUCUUCUCUGUUAAUGUCCUGUCUCUAUGCUCUUUAUUACUGACAGGUCUCACUGCUCUUUUACAGGCCUGUUUUUCAACUUCUGUGUUGCUAGACAAUCUAAGCAGAAAGGUCCUCUGUGUUUGCAAGUCUUUGAAUGUAUGGCACUCUUAUUAAUGGGUCUCAAAUGACACUUCUAUUCCCUAUAUAGUGACCAGGUCAGAAUUAGGUGCCUACUUUAUAAGGAAUUGUAUUGGGUUUCAUUUAGGAAUUGGCCUGUCAUUUUAACCUGUUGGCACCUCAGACCCUUGAAUAUUGCCAACUCUAGCUGGCCCGCAACUCUAUGAAGUACUUUAGGAAAAAUAACUAUUUUGUAAAUUGUUUGUUGUCAUUAAUGUACUAUACAUAAUGCUAAUUUAUCUUUGUAAGAAUGUGUCAAAAACCUAAAAAGAAGUUUGUUAUUUAAAAAACACUUUUGUAUCAG